AUGAAGUUCUACGACGUCAUGGUGCACGUGAUGGCUAUCUCGUCGGUUGUUAUUAUGCUCCAGCAUGCAGCGGUAGCGCAAUGUCGUUAUCAGUUACAACAGGCUUCCCUUACCACAAGAAGUGAUAAUUCUACAGCGGUCGAUAUCACAACGACAUUACAUGGGAACGAGGUCUUGUUGAUAUUUUGCCGCGCGACAAAGUGCGGUCCAGCUUUCAAAUGGAUGACUGCUAUUGCUGCACGAUGA